UGGCUGGAGAGCGAUGAUUUUCCCGGAGUUUGGGAUGAAAGACAGAGAAGACUUUAGAAGCGAAACAGAAAUGGCCAAGACUUGACAGAAAUCUAACCCUGGGUUACUUAAAUAAUUUACAUUAUUGUUACUACAGCCCGGUAUGCAUUAAGAUAUAAAAAAUAGCCUUCAGUCUUAAGUUGAUUGUUUUGUUCAGGGCCUCACUGUUGACACUGUUUAUUUGUUACCUAAGACUGUUUGAAAUUAUUCAUAUACAGUAUUUAAAUUUAGCUAAAGAGGUUUAGAGGUUUAAGUUUUCUCACAAGGCUCAGCGCAAGACAAGUUCAAAUACAGGAAGUGUAAUGUCACGAAAAACAGAGACGAGCUGGAGUAUUUUUACGAAGAAUCAGAAAACGUUGUCCUGUGAUGACUGCAGAGAAGGCUCUGGGGGGGAGUGCCCAGCUGCCGGGGUCCUGCGGUGCAUUAGGAGCUCCAGUCCGGACCCAGAGUCCCCCUGCCCCGCCCUCCUGCGCACCCUGCCCCCGGGGCUGGCGCUGGGACCUUCGCUGGCACGGGGCAGCUGCAUCGGCGUCUGGUGUGUGGGCAAGGCCGUGCACAAAGGAGCUUUCUUUGGGCCAUUGGAGAACUGCGCCCAUCCCACCGGUGUGGAUGAGACUGAAGAGGGAAGGGGACCGAAUUCUGAACAAACUAUAGACCCUCUUCCUCUCGAGGAGGCAGGUAACUGGAUAAGGUUUGCCUGCAGGGCCGGAAGCGAGGGAGAGUGGAACGCGUGCGUGCUUCGGUUGCGCGGGAGGCCGUACGUCAAGGCGCUUGAGGACAUCGAGCCGGGAGUGGAGCUGCUCCUCAGGCCGGGAGAGGAGGGAGAGGUGUCGGCCGAGGAAGGCCAAGGAACGCGCGGCCAGGAGGCACAGAGCAAAGACGAGACCGUCAAGACCGAGGAGCGCCACGCCCGGGGGGAAGCUCUCGACUCCGAGACUGAGGAGGCUCCACGGCUACCAGAUCCGAAAAAAAGCCAUGAACAGGCUGUACCCAAACCUCAAGGAGCUCAUGCAGGUCCAUCCGAGGCAUGUGGAACCCCUGAAAUUGCAGUACAGGAAGUUCCCAAAGAGUCCGGGGCAGCAGUAGAAGAGCACAGACCGCAGCGACUUCACCGUAAAAGACGACUGUCUCAAAUCUGUAAGAAGGAUUCGAGAAAUCAUUUACCCCGUGACUCCGAAGAGACAGAUUCUGCACAAAUAGACGAGGAUGGCUCUCCUGAGGCGCUAAACAACCCGGGUGCGUCCUCAGACAGGCCUUCCAAAGCAGCACAGGGGGACGAUGGGGAUUCUGUGACGGAAACGCCGCAGGUGGAGGGUGCACACAAGGAACCGGAGGAGGGCGGAAGAAUCGGGGAGGAAGGGACAGGUGGUUUCAGGGCCAGCUUGCGUCUGGCUGCCAAACCCCGGAAAGUGCACACGCUGGUCAGCAGAAUUCAGAAGCGUCUGCAGGAGCGCAAGAUGAGGGUGCUGGAGCGACAGGUGAGAGAGAAGAACGCAGCAGAGCAGAGUAAGGAGGACGCUGCAGGGAAAGAUGCGGAGAAUGAGCAAGGAGGAUGGGGGGAGGCCAGCGUGGAAGAGGGGAAAAACAGCAAAGCAGUUCGGGAAUUGGGUGCCGACAUCCUGGAUACCAUAGGAAGUCCCUCGGAAGAACGGGAAUCUGCUGUAAGCGCUGAGAGCCCAGACAUCUCCCAGGCCAGCGACGCCAGGAAACGAAAAUACAAAUGCGAUGAGUGCGAGAAAUGCUUUUUCCAGCUCUGCCACUUGAAGAAGCACAAGUUCACCCACCGGGACUACAAGCCCUAUCUGUGCAACGAGUGUGGCAAGAGCUACAGCUCUCAGGAGAGCUUCCGUGCCCAUGUCCUGCAGCACAAGGGGGAGAGGCCUUUCAAGUGCCAGCACUGCGACAAGACCUAUGGGCUGAAGCGGGACCUGAAGGAGCACGAGGUGCUGCACACGGGGGAGCGCCCAUUCUCUUGCGACAUCUGCGGCAAGUCCUUUGCACGGCGCCCUUCCUUGCGCAUCCACAAGGAGAUCCACCGCAUGAAGGAGCUCAACGUCAAGGUGUCCAAGGCCUGCAAGUGCACCGUCUGUGACAAGGAGCUGGCCAACUCUGGCUCCCUGAAGAACCACAUGAGGUUACACACCGGCGAGAGGCCCUAUCCUUGUUCUCACUGUGGGAAAACCUUCAGGCAGAGAGGAAACCUCUUGGGGCACCUCCGUAUCCACACUGGGGAGAAACCAUAUAAGUGUGAGUACUGUGAGCAGCGCUUUUCACAGAUACCUGAGCUCAGGAGGCACCUGAUCUCCCACACCGGGGAGGUCUACCUUUGCCCUGUUUGUGGAAAGGCCCUCCGUGACCCCCACACCCUCCGAGCCCACGAGCGCCUUCACUCUGGAGACCGCCCUUACAAGUGCGACCAGUGUGGAAAGGCCUACACCUUGGCCACCAAGCUGCGCCGGCACCAGAAGAGCCACUUGGAAGAAAAGCCCUACAAGUGCCAGACGUGUGGGGCGGGCUACACCCUAAUGCAAAGCCUGGUCCGCCACCAGUUGUCCCACAAAAGGAAAGAGGAGAAAAUUGCCGGGGAGCUGGCAGAAGCAUUGGCAGCUCUGGAAUCAGAUCACUCUGCCCCUUCGAAGGGCAGGCCUAAGAAGGUAACCAGGAAAACCAGCAGGAGACCUCGUGCAGAUAAGAAAGCAAGCGUGCAGCCCCAAGAAGAGCAAGUGGUGUAUGUUCAUGCUAUCGAUGCUGUGACAAUGAUGCCCGUUGCAGAUGAAGGACAGGUACUGAUAAGCACUUCAAAUCCGUUUGAGAACAGUUUGGCAUUCGGAGCCGAGCACGUUCUCCAAGGAGUAGUAGGCUCCUCGACCGAAACUGGCCAGACUGUGCAAGGUCAGGCCAGAGGCCACAUCCAGCUGAAUGAUGACAUCAUAGAAAUCAUCAUCUCCGAUUCGCACAACAAGUGCAUCAUCGUUGAGGAGGAUAAAUCUCACAGUAAUGUUGUGAUUCUACAGGAGGAUGAAGGGCUAAAUUCAGUGGCUGAGACUGUAGAAAUUGAGACAGGAUCGUGAGGUGUUAAUAAACUGUUAAUUGCUGAAUUUGUCAUUAAAACUAACAAGAUAUUUU